CACCUACUAAGCUCUGUGUUUAAAAAUAAGAGACGGCCUCUCUAUUCGUAUAUCUCUUUGUUCUGUUUUCAUGCCUCUUCUUAAGUUUUCCUACACGUAAACACAUUAUUGUCACAUCGCCGCCCACGAAUUGCCGCGGAUAAAUCCUCCGAUCACCACUUUGGCAUUAAUUUAUUCGACUAGCCCCGAUAAGCCGACAAGAUCAGCCCACCAAGAAAAGCAUCAUGGAUAUCCAAAUUUCGCCAGCGACAAUAGAUGACACGCCAGAGAUUCUAGAACUCGCCCAGAAAGCACGCGCGGACAUGUUUCCGCAUCUGGAUGAGCAAUGGCGUGCCAUGAAGGCCGAGCAAGAUCUCGCAACGUUCCAGAAGACAUUUUUCAACCACCCAGAUGGCGCCUUUAUGGUCGCGCGAUCAGAAAACCAAAUCAUUGCGACAGUUGGAUAUCAACACUACGAUUACCGAUUUCCCCAGCUCACUCUACUACCCGACGGCGUCGUUGAAGUUGUGAGACUUUUCGUGGUCCCGGCUUGGCGGCGCGGCGGACUGGCAUCCCGAUUAGUCUCUGCUUUGGAGAAGGCGGCGAGGGAAGCGGGCCUGAAACAGUUGUACCUUCAUACUCAUCCGUUCCUACCGGGAGCGAUCAAGUUCUGGGAACGGCAGGGAUUCGUCGUUUUGAGCGUUGAUCAGGAUGAUGCUGUGUGGCAGACGACGCAUAUGAGCCGUAACCUUGACAGAUGAUAGCAAUCAUUGGUAAUAACGAAUGGGCCAAGGUUGCUGAAGACAUUUCAAGUCACCGAUGUGCGGUCUGCGCAGUUAUGCUGUUGACCGGGAUUGAUAGAGGUCACCUCGUGUUGGUUCUGACUUCUAAACCCUGCCUGCGGGACAAUUAUAGCGGGUCUGUGUUGAGGCCAUUUUGACUCCGCAGAGCUAAUGGAAUCAUAAGAGAAAGUAUUCCAUCCGAUCAAUCCCUUCAUGUUAUCGCCCG